UCAUAUAUCCCUCAACUUUUGAAGCGCCGUUCACCUCCAUGACGCAUCGACUCUCAUCGCGUUUAUACACCCUAAAUCUCCAUAAUUAUACUGUUAUCUUGCCAUGUCGCGAGACGCCUCCGCCAACUCGGUCUCUCCCAAGGAGCAGCUUUCAGCCGCCGUGCCAGCACGGGUCAAGGACACCGCGAAGCAAUGGAAUACACGCAGCUUAGGCCUUCGACUUGGAGCCGAUGCUGCGAGUGCUGCUGUGGCUGGUGCUCUGAUAUGUCCUCUCAUCACCAUCAUUGACCGUGCGAUCAUGGAAAAGGCGUCAAAGGGUAUAUCUAUUCAGCACACGCUGACGUCUGGUCUCAAAUCAAUCGUUAUGCGACCCGCCGGUUUCUUUUUCUCAGCUCCAUUCCUCCUGAUUUACACGUUGUACUCGGGUACCUACCUAACCGCCAACACCAUUGACACGGUCACAUCCACACUACGAAACCAACCCUUCUCGACCGUCACGCCCGGAACUGCAAAGUUCCUAACUACAACGACCGUCAACAUGUCGAUAUGUGUUUACAAAGAUGCUCGCUUUGCCAAGCUCUUCGGCCCAUCGAGCAGCCAAUGCCACCCGACUGGCUCAUCCUCUGCAGCCGCUGCAACCGUGACAAAGGCGCCGCAAAUACCCAAGAUGUCGUAUUCAUUAUUCUGCUUGAGAGACAGCAUCACGAUAUUCGCAUCUUUCAACGUUCCAGCGCUGAUUGCGCCCCAAAUACCGGAUUUUGUCGCCUCGACUCCGAAUAUGAAGGCUGCCAUUGCGCAGUUUUCGUGUCCUGCGCUUAUGCAGUUUGUCAGCACCCCGAUGCAUCUGCUAGGCCUGGACUUGUAUAACCGGCAACCACCGGGUGGGUUGAGCUGGCGCGAUAGAUUGUCGCGGAUUAGGAGGGACUAUAUCGUCAGCUCAUUUGCUCGUAUGGGCAAGAUCGUGCCUGCGUAUGGUGUCGGCGGUGUCGUUAAUGUGAGGUUACGCGCUGCUCUGAUGGAGAAAUUGCAGUUGCAGGAUGAUCAGAAACGCCAAUUAUCAACUGUAUAGAAAAAAUUUUUAUUCUGAUGACUUACGACU